AUGCCAAUUGGGAUGAUGGUCAUGAGCAUGCUAUGGUCACUUAUCUCUGUCCUGAUGAUCGCCAUGGUGAGGGCUAGCGAUGAGGCCUCGUUGCUUGCUUUCAGAGCACAACUCAGCGGUGGCGGCUCUCCUGCGCUGGCCUCGUGGAAUGACAGCGCCCACUUCUGCCGCUGGGAGGGCGUGACGUGCAGCCACCGGAGGCCAGCACGGGUGGUUGAGCUGAGAUUGAACAGCACCGGGCUCACCGGAGAGCUCUCCCCAGCCAUCGGGAACCUCACGUUCCUGCGGACGCUGGACCUGAGCUUCAACUGGCUGAACAGGGAGAUCCCUGCGAGCCUCGGGCGCCUCCACCGCCUGCAGAGGCUCUACUUGAAUGACAACGCGUUCUCCGGCGCGUUCCCUGCAAACCUGACCUCCUGCGCCAACAUAACCAUAAUGGGACUGCAUCACAACAAGCUUCGCGGGCAUAUCCCGGCUGAGCUUGGCGAAAAGCUCGGGUCCCUGGAAGUAAUCAUCCUGAGAAACAACAGCUUCACUGGGCCUAUCCCAGCAUCACUGGCCAAUCUGUCCUAUCUACAACACCUUGAUCUCGCCUAUAACCAUUUCGUGGGCUCAAUCCCACCAGGGCUCGGCAGCAUCCAAAGCAUGUGGUGGUUUAGUGUCUUCAGCAACGAUCUCUCUGGUAUGAUUCCACCUACUCUUUACAACUGGUCGUCACUGGAAUUAUUUGAGGUGGGGGUAAAUAUGUUGUACGGAAGCAUUCCGGAUGAUAUCGGCAACAAGUUCCCCAAGAUAAAAGUUCUCAAUUUGGGUGCUAAUCAGUUCACUGGAGCCAUCCCGUCCUCAAUAUCCAAUCUAUCUCAUCUCACAGAACUUCGCCUCAGGGAAAAUAGAUUUAGUGGGUAUGUGCCUGCCACUUUGGGGAGCAUGGGAGCUCUCCAACAUCUGGACCUGUCCCAAAACAAGCUUGAAGCGAAUGACAUCAAAGGUUGGGAAUUCAUCACUUCUUUGGAGAACUGCAGCCAACUAGAGCACUUGUCACUUGGAGGCAACUCUUUUGGAGGACAACUACCUGGUUCAAUUGUGAACCUCUCAACGACUCUCCAGAAGUUAUACAUAAUGGACAGCAGGGUCUCUGGGGGUAUUCCUGCGGGUAUAGGCAAGUUGAUUGGACUCAACUUGCUUGCCAUAGCAAAUACCUACAUAUCCGGAGUGAUACCAGAGAGUAUUGGCCAGCUAGAAAACUUGAAGGAGCUAGGCUUGUAUAACAAUAGCUUGUCUGGCCACAUACCAUCAUCACUAGGGAACCUUUCACAGUUAAACAGACUUUUAGCAUACUAUGGCAACCUGGAAGGACCCAUUCCGGCAAGCCUGGGGGAGUUGAAAAACCUAUAUGUACUUGAUUUGUCAACAAAUUACAGACUUAACGGUUCAAUACCUAGAGAGAUUUUGAAAUUGCCAGACCUUUCUUACUACUUGGACUUGUCAUACAACUCCCUUUCUGGAUCCCUUCCAUAUGAAGUUGGUAGUUUGGCAAAUCUUAACCAGCUGAUUCUAUCAGGAAACCAGUUAUCUGGCAAGAUACCAGAGAGCAUUCAGAACUGUGUAGUGCUGGAAUGGUUAUUAUUAGACAACAAUUCGUUUGAAGAAAGCAUACCUCAAUCACUGAAGAAUCUAAAGGGGCUCAGUAAACUUAACCUGACCAUGAAUAAGUUCUCUGGCAAUAUUCCUGAUGCCCUUGGUAGCAUUGGAAACCUGCAGGAACUGUACCUAGCACACAACGACUUGUCUGGAUCGAUCCCGACAGUUCUACAAAAUUUGACAUCAUUGUCCAAACUGGAUGUAUCCUUCAAUAAUUUGCAAGGCGAGGUGCCAGAUGGAGGUGUUUUCAAAAACAUCAAUUACACAGCAGUUGCUGGGAAUAUCAAUCUGUGUGGUGGUACACCUAAACUUCACUUGGCUCUAUGCUCCACAGGCCCCUUAAGAAAGGACAAAAAAAGGAUUCGGGAGUCUCUUGUGUUUUCUCUAGCGGCAAUUGGAACAAUCUUCUUGUCACUUUCAGUUAUUCUUCUUGUUUGCAUAUUUCACAAGAAGCUCAAACAAGGCCAAAAGACAAUAGUGCAAUAUUCAAUCGGUGAGGAACAUUACGAGAGAAUCCCCUAUCAUGCAUUACUCAGAGGAACUAAAGGAUUUUCAGAUGAUAAUUUGCUUGGGAGAGGAAGUUAUGGUGUGGUUUAUAAAUGUGUCUUUGGCAAUGAGGAAAGAACCAUGGCUGUCAAGGUGUUUAACCUUGGUCAAUCCAAGUGUUCCAAGAGUUUUGAGGCUGAAUGUGAGGCCAUGAAAAGGAUACGACACCGUUGUCUCAUAAAGAUCAUUACUUCUUGUUCAAGCGUCAACCACCAAGGUCAAGAGUUCAAGGCAUUAGUUUUUGAGUUCAUGCCCAAUGGCAGUUUGGAUGGUUGGCUUCACCCAAAAUCUCAAGUGCCAAGUGCAAACAACACGCUCAGCCUUGUCCAGAGGCUUGAGAUCGCUGUCAAUAUUGUGGACGCAGUAGAAUAUCUCCACAACUACUGUCAACCAUUGGUAAUCCAUUGUGAUCUUAAGCCAAGCAACAUUCUUCUUGCUGACGACAUGAGCGCCCGAGUUGGAGACUUUGGCAUAUCAAGGAUUAUUCAAGAAAAUACAAGUGAGACGAUACAAAACUCAUAUAGCUCAACUGGAAUUAGAGGUUCCAUAGGAUAUGUUGCUCCAGAGUAUGGAGAAGGCUCUGUGGUCUCACCUCCUGGUGAUAUUUACAGCCUUGGCAUAUUGCUGCUUGAGAUGUUUACCGGAAGGAGCCCAACAGAUGACACAUUCAGCGAUUCAUUAGGUCUGCACAAGUUUGCUGAGGAUGCUCUUCCAGAUAGAACCUUGGAGAUAGCUGACCCAACAAUCUGGCUGCACGGAGAACCACGUGAUAAUGUUACUAGUAGAAUCCAGGAGUGCUUGGUUUCCAUAUUCAGGCUUGGCAUAUCCUGCUCAAAGCAACAGCCCCGAGACCGUACAUUGACAAGAGAUGCAGCUGCAGAGAUGAAUGCAAUCAGAGAUGCAUACAUUGCGUUUGUUGCUAGCUCAUAGUGGAAUGCGGAGCAGAAAGAGAAGCCUCGGCACAAGACAUGAU